AUGCCCCUACCCAGCCCAGCUCGCGGCGACUUGGGCAAAGCCGGGUUCGACCACUCCAAGUCGAAGGACAUUCCUGUCCCGAAUGAUGGUAGCCUCGUAGAAUGGCGACGGUACAAGACUCGUCCUCCAACACUGCCCACUAUACACAACGCGUUCUUCACGGCCAUCGAGGGGUUGAAGCGUCUUCGCUAUUCUUCUCCGUCGGGCUCGACAGUGGCUCCAUAUCCGCCGAAGAAACUCGACUUUAUUAUCCACCUGGCCCACCUUGCCUUCGGCGGGAUCACCCCGGUUCCCUUCAUGGUCAACCCCGGGCCCAUCGCCGUCGUCCGCGCCCCACAAGAUUUAUUCCAUACCAUCGACAUCAGCUCGAACAUGUUCCUCAGCCAACCUAAGCUCGUGACGAACGACUCCGCCAUCCUCGACUCCGGCACCGCGCUGCACCGCGUCCCCACUUCGAUGCGUCCCUCUCUCGCAAUCUAUCGUACCUUCUUGUGGAUGUCGCGCAGAUUGCGUUCAGCAAGUCCGCCGAAGUGCGUCGAGGAGGAGUAGACGUUCGCAAGCGACUGCAACGCUACCUCGCUCGAGUUUACGAUCACUAUCUGUGGCGCGGAGUUCAAGUGUUAUUUCUGGCUAUCAUUGCGGAGGGGGCGGCCAGUAGCUUUGCAUAUCCAACCCGCAGGACUGGGGAAGGACGAGGACGGCAACAUCUUCAUCCUGUGAUUACCUCAACGUUAACACUUAGCUAUGAGAGAUCGCUGAGACAAUUUGUGUAGCGCCAGAUAGGGGCGCGUUUUCGUGCUAGACUAAAACAUGUGGCAACGCCUUUCG